AUGGUCUCUCUUAUAGUGCGUUGCUGCAUGUCGUUCGCAUGGGAUUGUCUGGGGCCUCUUGCCUCUUAUCUUCCGUACUCUACUUUAACACGUGUACAAGAAUGUGUUAUUCCAACCUUACUGCAAUCUAAUGAUAAUGUUGUUGUUGCCGCACCCACUGGAAGUGGAAAAACUGCCCUUCUUGAAGCUGCAAUGCUGCGUCUCUUCAGUGACAGACUUAUUCCUGAGAGUUCUGAUGCGGCAAGAACAGUAACUGCUAAUGUUGCUGCUGCUUCUUCUUCUAUGAAAGGCGUGAUGAAGUCUGAGGGUAUGGCAGAUCGUAAAGCGGUUUAUGUAUGUCCCAUCAAAGCACUCGCUAGUGAGAAGUACACACUUUGGAGAGAAAAGUUUCCCACCCUAUCUGUAGUUUUAGAGACAGGUGACCAAGAAUUUUUGCAGGCACACGGUGGUGGAUUACUGGAAGUUCAAAAAGCAGAUAUUAUCAUCACAACACCAGAGCGUUGGGAUAGUAUUACACGUCGAUGGAAAGAGGGUGUCGUUUGGGGUUUAGUGGCUUCAGUGGCGCUACUACUUUUGGAUGAAGUUCAUACUGUGAGUGAAGAGCGAGGUGCUGUUCUUGAGGCCAUUGUUAGUCGUAUGAAAGCUAUUAAAGCAUCGGUAAAUAACCGUGGUUCACAUUCAUACAGUACUCGUUUUGUCGCCAUUAGUGGAACUCUUCCAAAUAUUGAAGACUUUGCAGAGUGGUUACAAGUACCUCCUAGUGGGGUAUUUUCAUUUACCUCUGCUGACAGACCUGUUCCACUAACCUUACGUAUUAUAUCAUAUCCUAGUACUUCAAACAAUCCCUUUGCAUUUGAUCGUUUUCUUACAUUUAAAUUAUUUGGUCUGAUUCGACAAUUUAGUGAGGGUAAACCAAGUAUUGUUUUUUGUGCAUCACGUAGUGAAGCUAUUAAUUCUGCUCUUCGUAUUGCAUCUGAUAUAAAAGAGACAGCAUCUCGUGAAGGAGCUAAAGAUCGUCUUCAACCAAGCCCAGAUGUGGAUCGUUUAGCAUCAACAGCUAAUGAUAAACAAUUACGUUCACUUUUGUUGCUUGGAAUUGCCUUUCAUCAUGCAGCAAUGUCUAUGAAUGAUAGAGUUCUUGUAGAACGUAUGUUCCGUGAACACUAUAUCUCUGUUAUUUGUACCACAACCACAUUGGCACUGGGUGUCAAUCUCCCGGCUCAUCUUGUAAUUAUCAAAGGAACAACUUUCUUUAAAAGUGGUAGACGAGAAGAUCUACCGUUAUCUGAAGUUGCACAAAUGAGUGGUAGAGCAGGUCGUCCUGGUCUUGAUUCUCACGGUAUCGCACUUGUUCUCACAAUGGAGAAUAAAGCAUCACUUUAUGAAUCUCUACGACACGGUGACUCUUGCACAGUAGUAGAGAGUCGUUUACAUCAGAAAAUGGUUGAACAUGUUAAUGCGGAGGUAGCACUACGAACUAUUCACAGUUUUUCACUUGGAGUAGAAUGGAUUAAAACUACAUUUUUAUGGAUUCGACUUCGUCAUUGCCCUCGACACUAUGGUAUUCUCUUUUCUACAAAAGAAGAAGAGUUAUCGUUUGAUCGUGAACAAUUUGCAUCAGAACUCAUGCGUCGUAUGCUUUUAGAACUUGAAGAACAAGGAUGUAUAAUCAUUAGACGUGAUGGGGUAAAUAUAGAUAAUAAUGAAUCUGACGGAAAAAAAGUUUGUGAUCUCAUUGAUAACCCAAGUUGUAUUUUAGAGAGCACUCGAGUUGGUCGUUCUAUGGCAAGAUGUUACAUUUUACUAAAAACUGUAGAAUUGUUUAACACUGAAACAGUACAGAUUCGAUCAAAACAAAAUCUUAUAUCAGGAGAUAAAAAGUUAAAAGAUGUUAUUAAUACCUUUAAUUUCUCAAAUAUACUUGCUAUUCUUAGCCGUUCUACAGAAUUUGAAGAUGUACAUCUGCGUCAAGGUGAUCGAAAACAUCUUAAUGAAAUUAACAAGACUAUCCGAUUUCCAUUAAACUCAGGCAUGAGAGGAGGACGAGAAGUACGUGAGGACUGGCAUAAGGUGUAUGUACUCAUUCAAGCCCAUCUUGGACAUGUUACAAUAAGUGAUUUUUCACUUCGAAAUGAUUCUGUUAGACUUUGGACGUCAGCACCACGUAUUGCUCGUUUUCUUAUUGACUACGCUGCUACAUUGAAUUCAUUUUCUUUUAUAAAAGAAAGUACACUUCUUCAACGAUGUGUAGAGCAGCGAAUGUGGUGGGAUGGUCCUCUUUUAAGACAAUUAGACGGUAUAGGAGAGAACAUUGUUAAAUCACUUCUACGUGGUGAUAUUAAGAAUUUUGACGAUAUUUUACGUGCAGAUCCACGUAAAUUAGAAGCCCUUUGCGGAAAGAAUCCUCCAUUUGGGAAUGAGUUACGGGAAAAAUGUCUCACCAUUCCACAAUGUGAAUUACGUUUAGAGACUAGUGAAAAUUCCGAAACAGUUCGAGUCGUUAUUACACUGACGUCUUCAGUAUUAGGGAAACGGGAUACUCAAGCUGUGUAUCGCAUGGUGGUGAUGGUGGGGGAUAUUACAAGUGAUAAUGUCCUUUUAUAUAGACAAUUUAAUUCUUCAGAUGGUCAAGAGAAACCACUUAUCUUUACAUUUCAAGUUCCACAUAACUUUCAAGGUUGUAUCGUGGGUCGUGUCUUCACAGAGCAUUACUUGCAUGGCAAUAAUGAUGCUACCGCUAAGCUCACUAUAGGUAGUAGCAAAGGAAAUGAUGAAAAAGAAGAAGAAGAAGAGAAAACAAAAGAAGUACAGAAAACUUCUAUUACGAAUGGUGUGUUAAGUUGCAAGAAGAAAGAGAAGAAUACCAAGGAAUUAGUUAAUUCUUCAGGGGCAUUUGAUGCCCUUUGUCAUGAUCUUAGAUGGGUGGAAGGAAGUUCUCCGAAUCGUGAUGGUAAUGCCCCAAUUGUAUCUUUCUCAGAGAGUAAAAAAACUCCUGAUAGGAGUAUAACACUACUUGGUUGUGUAGAAAAUGAGAUGUCUAUAUUGGAAGAUGUAAAUCGAGAGGAAUCUCUAUCUACGGAUGCUGGUAUUGUGAAAAAUGGUGGUAGUCCAGAAGCUGCUGCCUCUGUGCAUCGUCAAAUUCCCAAGGAUCCUAUGACAGAAAUGGAUGAAGACUACAAAAAUUUAUUGAAACGAACAGCAGAAAUAUCUUCUACUUUACGGUGUAACUUGGUUUCAUCUGCAAAAAAUUGCAAAAGACCACGAGAGGAUGAUAGUAGUAUAUCUUCAACUUUAUCUCUUCAAAGAUCAACUAGCCAAUAUGGUGAACGACAAGAAGGGUCUUCUGUUACUUUAAAUAGUGGAAGUACUGUUGUUCUUCCAAGGGCUAUUUCACCUGAUCCAGAAGUAUUUUCAUGCCCAGGAGUUGAUGCUUUACGUCCAUCACCGCGUUUUCUCUUUGGUGUACAGGGUGCUGUUCCUUCACGUAGGGUAAUACAUCAAACUCCUUAUCAAUUCAUGGGAAGGGGUCAAGUGGGUUUGGGAAACGAAAACGAUGCCGUAUUUCACCAUUAUGGUGGUUUUACACCGAUGCAUUUUCAACCACCAGAAGUAUCUAUGUGUCCUCCCACCUUUAUCACUCCCCAUAAUACUUACAAUGGAGGAGGAGGAGGAGGAGGAGUCAGAAGAAGUUAUCCACCGGCAUUGCAAUUAGGAGGUGGGUUCCAAUAUAACUCAGCGGCAAACACACGUGGGGGGUGGUAUCACGGCCCAGACACCGCACCGCGAGUGCCAAUGGCCCCAAUGUGGCAUCCGGAGUUUACAGCGACAGUUGCGGCCCCCGCAGCGCAGUGGCCAGCGGCGCGGGCAACACGUCCUUUUCCGACGUUUAAUGCCCCCCGCCCCUUUUCAGGUGCGGUACAGAUGCAUACAGCACCUCCCGGGGCCUCUGACGCCACAAGAGUACCUACGCUGGAAAGCCUUUAUGCUGUGUUGAACCGAAAUGGCGGAGGCGCUGCGCCAAGCGUCACGGCAGUUCGCAGGGGAUGGUGGUAA